GUCAGUGCUGCUCUCACUGUCUUAGCCUUCGUUUUGGUGUGUUCAAAGACUUUUUAUUCAGCAACUUUUGUUGAGCAUCUCCAUUCAGCCCAGUUUAACCUGCAGCUGCUUGGACUGCCCAGUGGAGCACACACUGAUGUGAAGUACAACCCCAGCUCUUCUGCUUUGUUCUUAUCUAUUUUGUGCUUUGAUCUGAUCCCGUUGCGGGAGCAGAGAUGCCGGUGCAGAUCCCGGACGACUCGGACUUCUCCUCGUUCAAGGAUCAGUGUCUGAGCACUGACGGAUGGAUCAGCCACUACAACAAGGGAGGAGUGACGGUGUGGUGCCAAGAGGAGGAGAGCAAAACUGUGCAGAAACUCAAGAUGAGGAUAGUGUGUAAAGAUGUGACGGCAGCGACCCUGUACGACGUCCUCCAUGACACCGGCUACCGCAGGAAGUGGGACACCAACAUGAUCGACACGUACGACAUUGGCAGACUCACCGUCAACGCAGAUGUCGGAUAUUACUCCUGGAAAUGUCCAAGCCCUUUGAAGAACAGAGACUUUGUGACAAUGAGAUCCUGGCUUCCCCUGGGCAAUGACUACCUGAUCAUCAAUUACUCCGUCAAACACCCGCAACAUCCUCCCAAGAAGGACUAUGUCCGAGCUGUGUCUCUGCUGACCGGAUACCUGAUCCAGUACAACGGAGCCAACUGCUGCACCCUGUACUACCUGACCCAGGUGGACCCCAGAGGGUCUUUACCAAAGUGGGUGGUGAACAGACUCUCACAGUUUGUGGCUCCAAAGGCCAUGAAGAAGAUCUACAAGGCGUCUCUGAAGUAUCCGGAGUGGAAGAAGAAGCACAACCCAAACCUGAAGCCGUGGAUGUUCCCGGAGCAGAACGCGCUGCCGUGCAUUAGCGUGUCGGAGCUGUCGGUGCAGCGAGCCGACUCCUUGGAGAACAUCGAUGAGAGCGGUCUGAACGAGGACAAGACGCACAACAGCGACGACGAAGACACUUAGACACAACACAGAUAACUGCUCUCUCAUUCACUGUCUGUCUGUUUGUUUGUUUGUUUGUUUGCAAAGAUAAACUCUGUUGAUCCCACACAGGAAGGUCUAGAUACAGACUGAUCAGCCCUGGACCAGACUCACACCACCUGGUUCUGGUCAGGUGACAGUUGGAUGGAGGUUAGCUGGAAACUGAGCCAGGCCACCAGACUCCAACCCCAGAUC